AUGCCCAGCUUAUUGCUGGUGGCUAUACUGUUGAUCACAGUAAAAGUCAAAACAGCAGAACCGCGAUCGAUGGAUUACCAUACGAAAAAAGCUCCAAAAAAAGAUUGCGUCGAGCUGCCUGAACCAAUUCUUUCGGAUAUUUUGGGACCGGCUUACAAUUCACGCUAUAUGAGCAUUGACAAACCUCCUGUUAUGGAAGAUGAACCGAUCUCGGGCGAGGGAGGAAACGCAAAGCGUGGUCUGUCGAAACCUUUGUAUCCGUCGUUCUACGUAAACGAAAACCAUCUGGCGGAGAUCGGUACUGAUCCGGCAUGGGAGGUAAAGCACGCGAAGGACACUACAAAUCUAUUGCUAGAGACUACUCAGACUUCUCGCAGCAAACGGGACACUAUGUUCCACAAGUUCCUACAGGAUAGGAGCUACGAUCGUCAAUCGAGGUUAACGCAUCUUGGUCGAGGAAUGAUACAGGAACCAAAACUCGGUUCAAAACCAUGGGAAUGUGAGGGUAAAAUUCGUUGGCUGGAUCUCGGUGCAGAGUACUUUCCUCGGUACCUACGAACGGUCGAGUGCGCCAAGUCACGCUGCUACUACGGUCAGUAUCAGUGUUUGCCGCGAUCGUUUACGGUGAAAAUUCUUCGUCGAAGAACAGGCGAAUGCGUUCCGCGCGGACAUUUAAAAAAUGUCGGCGUCGAUGGACUGCCUGGUGAACUGCGUGAACUUUGGAUUUGGGAAGAGCGAGCGGUCAAUUUUUGCUGCGACUGUGCGUCGUAG